GUAAAAGUAGACUUAUUCAGAAAUGACCAGUGGAUACGGAAAAGGUGGGAAUGCCAAUCUUACAUGUGGAAAUGUUGAAAAGAAGUAGCAAAUGAUUGCAGAGACGGUAGAAUCCAACCAACUGUAAAGCCAGGGAAUCCAUAACCAAACAACCGGACCUCAAACACACAAAUCAAAUACACAAUAUUCGCACCAUUGAGUCCGAACCCAAUUGUGCAUUCCAUCACAGUAAAAUUGACCUCUCUCUCUCUGCUACCAAAUUGUCUCACUCAUAAAGGUACUAACCAGUACGCAGUAACUACCACCGUUUUCGACAAAACUAGAAAAAAAUAAAGUUGUAAAUCAACACACAACACAACCAAAGCCAAAGGUCACAUUCAAUUCAACAACCUCGGCGUUUUAUCGGACUUACUACGUUCUAGUGCUUUUUACCAACAGACACCACACAACCCACAUAGUAUUUUUGCUACAACUACCAAAUCUACCUUCAGGCCCUUCACUUAUUAACUAGAAAGCUUGAAACUUUGCAAGCAAUUCUGAGACCCAGUUGCCGGAAGUGGCAGUUCCCGGUGGGGAUGGAGGUGGAGACUGAAAAAUCAGGGUCUGAUGGGAAGGGUUGGAGUUUUUGUAGAAUGCCAUUUUGGCAAACAACUCAUACUCCUUCUUCUUCUUCUUCAUCUUCCAUGUCUUACAUGCACAAUGUUCAUCAGCAAAGUCAGAAUAAUGCUCAAUCUGUUGAUAGAUCCAGUCAUCAUUCUUCAACAACAGUUUCAUCUGUGGCCAAGUCUCUGCUCCCUACAAAGAGGAGGCUCCGCCUUGAUCCUUCCAACAAGCUCUACUUUCCAUAUGAACCUGGUAAGCAAGUUAGGAGUGCAAUCGCAAUUAAAAACACUUGCAAGUCUCAUGUAGCUUUCAAGUUUCAAACAACUGCACCCAAGAGUUGUUAUAUGCGCCCUCCUGGGGGUAUUCUUGCCCCUGGUGAAAGUAUUAUUGCCACUGUGUUCAAGUUUGUGGAGCCACCUGAGAACAAUGAGAAAUCAAUUGAUAAAAAAAGCAAGGUUAAGUUUAAAAUUAUGAGCUUAAAAGUGCAAGGUGAAAUGGACUAUGUACCGGAAAUGUUUGAUGAGCAAAGAGAUCAAGUGGCAAUAGAGCAAAUUCUGCGGGUUAUGUUUCUGGACCCUGAAAGGCCUAGUCCUGUCCUGGAUAAGCUUAAACGAAUGUUGGCCGAGGCCGAUGCUGCACUUGAAGCACGAAAGAAACCGCCAGAGGAGAAAGGUCCCCGUGUUGCUGGGGAAGGCCUUGUUAUAGACGAAUGGAAAGAAAGAAGAGAAAGAUACUUGGCUCAACAGCAGGUCCAAGGUGUUGAUUCAAUGUAAAGCAUUUCUUUCUUCCUUUUUGUUGUGUAAGCCCUUAUUUUCUUCAAUUUAUGUUCUGAAAUUGAAUUCAUAGCUCACUGAUCUGAUCUAGAAAAUUGCUAUGAAGCAAUAAUGAAAUCCUUUCAUUUUUAUUUUCAA